AUGACCAUUCUUCUCGUGGAACUUGUCAUUGCAAACAUGAUAAGUGCACUCCGCGACGAACCCGCGGUAUCGCAGAACUUUAGCUAUCAGCAAGAUAUUCGAUAUAUUUUUAAACUGAAUAACUGGAUCCUAGGUUCGCUUGGUAUUUGGCCAGUAGCGACCCAGGGAAUCAGACAACAUGCAUCUACGAUUGCGAUCGCGCUCUGUAAUCUCGCAUUAGCUUUCGCGAUAGUGCCCUGCGCCCUGCAUAUCGUUUAUGACGAGAAAGAUAUCACUCUAAGACUUAAACUGUUUGGUUUACUGGCAUUUUGUCUUACCGCCAUGACGAAGUACUGCAUUCUCGCGAUACGUCGCCCUAAAAUACUGCGCUGCAUCGAAUAUGUGAAGAGCGAUUGGUGGCAGGUGACACUUAGAAGUGAUCGUAAAAUGAUGCUGAAGUAUGCUGCCACCGGUCGCAAUUUAACGAUAAUCGGCGCAUCUUUCAUGUACACAGCCGGCGUCAUUUAUCACAUGAUUCUGCCGUUCUGUUCCGAGCAUAAAGUUAACAAUCAAACCAUCAGACCACUCGUGUAUCCGACUUAUAGUAAAUUUCGCCAGUCUCAAAUUAGCCCGAUAUACGAAAUUGUGUAUGUAGCUCAUUGCAUGUGCGGAUACACCAUAUAUUCGGUAACAGCUGGUGCGUGCGGAUUGGCAGCCCUAUUUGCUACUCACGCAUGUGGACAGAUCCAAAUGAUUAUAUCGCGAUUGGAAGAUCUGUUAGAUGGUGAAAAAUUCAAGCAAGGCCCAACGAAUGUUCAUCAACGAAUUGCUGCCAUUGUAAAAAAUCAUGUUCGAGUAAUAAGAUUUGCGGCCAUUGUAGAGGAAGUUUUACAAGAAGUGUGUUUGGUGGAAUUCACUAGUUCUGUAUGCACGAUAUGUCUGCUCGAAUACUACUGUAUACUGGAUUGGCAAGAAGAUGAUAGAAUUGGCUUAGCGACUUAUUCUUUGCUCCUUGUUUCGUUCUGUUUCAAUGUAUACAUAUUAUGCUAUAUUGGUGAGCUUCUUAUGGAAAAGAGCAGUCAAAUUGGAUUGAUAUGCUAUACGAUAGAUUGGUAUCAAUUAUCGCCAAAAUCAGCCCGCAGCCUUAUAUUAAUGAUCGCUAUGGCCAGUCAUCCCAUAAAAAUUAGUGCCGGUAGAAUGGUAGAUCUAUCAUUAUUAACUUUUGGAAAUCGCAAGCGCAGCAUAUCCGAUGGGCUUGCGAUCAAUGUCGCCGCAGCAUAUCCGAUGGGCUUGCGAUCAAUGUCGCGCAUUCAGUCUUUAACAAUACUUGUCAUCGCGAACAUGUCAAAUGCACGUGAAUCUGCAAUGCCACAGAACUCCAACUAUCAGCGAGAUAUUCAAUACGUUCUCAAGCUGAAUAACUGGAUUCUAUACACAAUCGGCAUCUUGCCAUUCACGACCCGCGGCAUCGGAAGAUAUGCAUUUAAGAUCUUGAUCGUGUUCUGUAAUUUCAUAAUAAGCUUCGCGAUGGUGCCCUGUGCACUGCAUAUUGUCUACGAUCAAAAAGACAUCACUAUAAGACUUAAACUAUUCGGCUUGUUGACAUUUUGCCUUACCGCGAUGACGAAAUAUUGCUUUCUCACGAUACGUCGUCCUAAGAUAUUGUAUUGCAUCGAACAUGUGAAGAAUGAUUGGUGGCAGGUGACGUUCAGAUCUGAUCGCGAACAAAUGUUGAAGUAUGCUGCCACUGGUCGCAAUCUAACGAUAAUCGCCACAUCAAUUAUGUACACUUCUGCUUUCAUUUAUUAUUUGAUUUUGCCGUUUUGUUCCGAGCACAAAAUCAACAAUCAAACUGUCAGACCGCUCGUGUUUCCGAUUUAUAGUAAAUUUCGCCAAUUCCAAAUUAGUCCGGUAUACGAAAUUGUGUAUAUAGCUCAUUGCAUGUGCGGAUACACCAUAUAUUCGGUGACAGCUAGUGCGUGCGGAUUGGCCGCCUUGUUCGUCACUCAUGCAUGUGGUCAGAUUCAAGUGAUUCUGUCGCGAUUGAAAGAUCUUGUAGAUGGUAAAAAUUUCGAGCAAAGUCCAAAUGUUCAUCGACGAAUUGCUGCCAUCGUGAAAAGCCAUGUUCGAGUAGUAAGGUACAUCCUGCACGACCACUUCGUGGUUAAUACACACACGAUCUGUCAGACUGACAGCAGAUGAAAGGAUGCCUGCGACGCGAGCGCAAGCGCGUGUCCAGCGACCUUGCAAUCAAUGCUACGCGCUGGCCUCGUGCAGUCUUAAACGGAACCUGUCAACGUGAACAUGAGGAAUUCAGAAGACAACCAGGCGACGUCGCCAAACGUUAAUUAUCAGCAGGACAUGAGAUAUGUCUUCAAGCCGUGCAGCUGGAUCUUCGGCUCGAUUGGCAUCUGGCCAGUCGCGUUCCGCGGAAUCGGACAAUACGUGCCUAAGAUCGCGCUCGUGCUGUGUAAUUUCGCGUUAGGCUUCGCGAUAGUGCCGUGUAUUCUGCACAUCAUUUAUGACGAGAAGGAUCUUAAUAUAAGAUUGAAGCUCUCCGGACUACUGGGCUUCUGCCUCACCGCAAUGAUGAAGUACUGCGUUCUCGCGAUACGUCGGUCUAAAAUAUUACGUUGCAUCGAACACGUGAAGAGUGACUGGUGGCAGGUCAAGUUCAACUCCGAUCGAGAAUUGAUGAUGAAAUAUGCUACCACUGGUCGUAGGCUGUCUAUAAUCAGCACGACUUCCAUGUACAUCGCCGGCUUUAUUUAUCAUACGAUUCUGCCAUUUUGCACUGUACAUAAAGUCGGUAACGAAACCAUCAGACCACUCGUGUAUCCAACUUACAGUGAGUUUUAUCAGACCCAGAUGAGCCCGAUAUAUGAAAUAGUAUAUCUGGCUCAUUGCGUUUGUGGAUACACCAUGUAUUCGGUCACGGCCGGAUCGUGCGGACUAGCUGCAAUAUUUGCUACUCAUGCGUGUGGCCAAAUUGAUAUCAUCGCGUCCCGACUUGAAGAUCUUCCGCGCGGCAAAAAUUUUGACCGAUCAUCGGAUGUUAAUCAACGAAUCGCUGCCAUCGUGAGUGGUCACGUUCGAAUAUUAAGAUUCUGCGCUCUCGUGAACGAAAUCCUACAAGAAGUAUGUUUAUUGGAAUUCGCUAGUUCUAUAUUCACAAUGUGCUUGCCCGAAUAUUAUUGCAUAGUGGAUUGGCAAGAUAGUGAUACAGUUGGACUGACAACUUACUUUCUGCUCUUUAUUUCAUUCUGCUUUAAUAUGUAUAUAUUAUGUUACAUUGGCGAGCUACUCAUGGCAAAGAGUAGUCAGAUUGGUACGACGUGCUUUAUGAUCGAUUGGUAUCAACUGCCAGUAAAGGCAAUUCGUAGUUUAGUGCUGGUGAUCGCUAUGUCAAGCCGUCCCAUAAAGAUCAGCGCUGGCAGGAUGAUAGAUUUAUCGCUAGCGACCUUUGGAAGUGUAAGGAAUUGUGUAUAUGAUAUUUAUGCAAAAUUUUAAUUCCUAUUUCGAUAUAGUUGUAAAUGAAAUAAAUCAAUAUCCCAAAA